AUGCUUGUGCGCCUGGAACUGUUUCCAGGUCUUUGCUUUGCAAGUAAUAAUCUAAUCUUCACUACAGCCCUGUGAGAUUUUUGAGAAAUGGCUAAUAAUUUGGAUGAAUUUAUUGAAGAACAAAAAGCUAAAUUGGCUAAAGACAAAGCAGAAUUGGAAAGUGACCCACCUUACAUGGAAAUGAAGGGAAAGUCAUCAGAGAAGCUUUCUGAAAAUAGUAAAAUAUUAAUCUCCAUGGCUAAGGAAAACAUACCACCGAAUAGUCAACAGACCCGGGGCUCAUUAGGAAUUGAUUAUGGGCUAAGCUUACCCCUUGGGGAAGACUAUGAACGGAAGAAACAUAAACUAAAAGAAGAACUGCGGCAGGAUUACAGACGCUAUCUUACUCAGGGUAUCACACAAGCAAAAAGAAAGAAAAAUAUUCUGUCUACGGGUGAAACAGAUCCAUCUACUCUGGGAGUUUCUCUUCCUAUUGGUGAGAGGUUAUCUGCCAAGGAAAGAUUGAAACUCGAACGUAACAAAGAAUACAAUCAGUUUCUCAGGGAUAAGGAAGAAUCCAGUGAAAAGUUCAGACAAGUAGAAAAGAGUACUGAGCCUAAGAGUGAACGAGAGAAGACCUCUACUUGUCAAGUUAAGCCUGAUUUGCCUUCACAAAUACAAGCAACCCCCCAAAACUCAGAAGGUCCUAGGAGAGAGGCCGUCCCUCCUUCACAGGCCUAUGAAGAGCUUCUGAACCAAAGGCGCCUGGAGGAGAACAGGUACCGACAACUGGAUGAUGAAAUUGAGUUAAGGACCAGGAGACUUGUGAAAACCACGAAUGAAGGAGCGGAUAUUUCCAGUAAAAAACAGCAGAGGCUGGCCAACAAGACUGACCUUGCAGAUAAGAGAUUUCGCAGGUUGAAUGAGGAUCGUGAUUUUCAUAGACCCUCUCAUAGACCAGACCAUGAUCCUGAAGUAAGUGAAGAAAUGGACGAGAGGUUUAGAUAUGAAAGUGAUUUUGAUAGAAGACCUUUGCGAGUAUAUGCAAAUAACAGGGUAUACGGGAACAGACGAAGGGAGGUGCCUUCUAUGGAAUCUGAUGGUGAUUUCACAGAACAGUCAAACGUACGCAUUUCAUCUGCUGGAAAUAACAGUGCUCAAGACCAUGUUCCUAAUGAACGAUCCAAAUCUGCCAAUGCUCAAGCUAUCAGUAGUCCUUUUUCAGGGAUGAUCUUUGCAGGUGAAGACAGAGAAGCUAUUCAGAGGAGGAAAGAGAAGUAUAGACAAGAACUAUUGGAACAAAUGGCUGAGCAAAAGAAGAACAAGAGACGGGAAAAAGAUUUGGAACUCAGUGUUGCAGCUUCUGGUGCACAAGACCCUGAGAAAUCGUGGAUUGAAUUACUCACAGCAUUGCAGUUAAGUAAGGAGGAGCCGGAUAGACUAAAGGAGCUCAGUGUGACACCAAGACCCUUUGAGGAGACAGCCCCACCGGACAGACCCCGAGUAGCUUUCCAGACGCCGCUCCCUCCUCUAUCUGCCUCAUCUGUCCCACCCAUUCUGUCUGAUCACGCAGUCACAGCUCAAAGCGAAGAUUUGCAUAGUGGACUGAGCAGCACCCUUGGUGAUAUGGUGCCUCCCAGGGUUCCACCUCUGCCUCCUCCUCCCCUGCUGCCACCUCUGGCUACUAACUUUCGCACUCCCUAUGAUGAUGCGUACUAUUUCUAUGGGGCCAGGAAUCCUCUGGAUCCCAGUCUUGCUUAUUAUGGUUCCAAGUUGAUGGGAGUACAGCCUGCAGCUUAUGCCAGUGCUCCGGUAGCCCACCAGCCAGCCCAGCCUAUUGUGAAUAUAGGUGGACAGAGUGAACUGAAGACUACAACUGAUCGGGCAGUAAAUGCAGGAUUGUUUUUUGAAGAUAAACAAAAGCCUUCAAAACAGUCACUUCAGUCUUAUCAGGAAGCUUUGCAGCAGCAGAUUCUAGAAAGAGAACUAAGAAGGAAGAAAGAACGGGAAGAAAAAGAACAAUAUGAAGCUAAAUUGGAAGCUGAAAUGAGAAGUUACAACCCUUGGGGGAAAGGUGGAGGUGGUGCGCCUCUCAGGGAUGCAAAAGGGAAUUUGAUAACUGAUUUGAAUAGGAUGCACAGACAAAAUAUAGAUGCCUACCAUAACCCAGAUGCGAGAACCCAGGAAGAUAAAAGGGCUGUGGUGUCUCUAGAGCAAAAUUUAGCCACUUCCAAUGCUGAGAACCUAGAAGAUUCUGCAAAUAAAAACUCAGGUUAUAUGCAAACACGGAGCUCUCCUUUUGCUCGGGGAAAUAUAUUUGGUGAACCUCUAACUGAACUUCAGAUUAAACAGCAAGAAUUAUACAAGAAUUUUCUACGUUUUCAGAUUGAGGAAAAAAAACAAAGAGAGGAAGCAGAGCGUGAAAGACUGAGAAUCGCAGAUGAAAAAGAAGAGAAACGGCUUGCAGAACAGAGGGCUCGAAUUCAGCAAGAGUACGAAGAGGAACAGGAGAAGAAGAGAGAGAAAGAGGAGGAGCAAAGGCUAAAAAAUGAAGAGCUAAUUCGGUUAGCUGAAGAAAGACGAAAAGAAGCCGAGAGAAAAAGGAAAGAAGAAGAGGAGCAGCAUAACCUGCAGCUUCAGCACUACUAUGAAAGGGAAAAUAAGAUUGGGGAAGAAACGAAGCACUUGAGACAGCCUUCUCCGGCAGUCCCUGCUCUCCAGAACAAAAUCUCAAGCAAACUGCAAAGACCUCCUUCAGUUGACAGCAUCAUAAAUUCCUUUAUUCGGGAGAGCUCCAUGUCCCGGGCGCAGUCUCCUCCGGUUCCCGCCAGGAAAAAUCAGCUCCGUGCAGAAGAGGAGAAAAAAAAUGUGAUCAUGGAGUUAUCAGAAAUGAGGAAACAGCUUCGUAGUGAAGAGAGGCGUCUACAGGGGCGGUUGCUGCACGUGGACAGUGAUGAUGAUGUUCACAUGAGGAAAAGAGACAGGAACCCCAUGGAUAUAUUUGACAUGGCCAGGCAUCGGCUGCAGGCUCCGGUCAGAAGACCCUCUCCUAAGGGCUUCGACUCCACCAGUUUUCAGAAUAUUCAUGACUUUAAUCAGCUGAAAGAUAGAGAUUCAGAGACACGGGUUGAUCUGAAAUUUAUGUACCCGGAGCCUCCAAGAGACCAUCAGACCCUGGAGAUUCAGCAGCAAGCCCUGCUCCGAGAGCAGCAUAAGAGGCUGAACAGAAUGCGAAUGCAGGAGGGAGCCGAAGUUGACUUCGAUGCCAUUCCAAACAUUAAAAUUCGAGACCACAGGAUGUCUAGAGAUGAUCCUCCUGAGUUUUUGAAACAUUCAUUAUUGGAAUCGGACAGUGCUUUUAUUGGGGCAUAUGGAGAGACAUACCCUGCCAUCGAAGAUGACCCCCUUCCUCCGCCAUCUCGGUUGCCCUCUGCGAGAGAGCGCAGAAGGAACAAAUUGAAAGAACUGGACUUUGAUCAUCCCAGUGUACCACCAGAUGGCCUCUCUUUAAAAUCUGCUUCCAGUAUAAAUGUGGAUGAGCUUAGACUGAGAAAUGAUGAGCGGCUCCGAAGACUGAAUGAACUGCAGAGUAAACCUAUUAACACAGAUGAUGAGGGCUCAUUGGUCGAUCCUGAUGACAUCAUGAAGCAAAUGGGCGAGGACAGCUCUGUGGCAACAGAGCCCUGGCUCCGCCCCGGCACCUCAGAGACCAUGAAGCGAUUCAUGGUAGAGCACCUGAGUCCAGAGCAGCAGCAGGAGCAGCAGCCAGAGCAGCAGGUUCCGGGGAAACCAGGCACUUUUCAUUGGCAAGGCCUGUCCACCGCACACGGUUAAAAUAAAUGUGUACUGGACCCGCAGUGCCUUUUAAGGUGAAAGGAAUGUUAAAUUUGAACCUCUACUACAUUCUCUUUGGCCCUUACCUGGAAAUUACUUAUGAUCAAUCAAGGAGUAUUAGUUCCAUGAUGAUGUAUAUUAUGUACAUAAAUAAAAUGCCACAAUUAUUGAUGUAAUGUAGAAUUGUAUAGGAUUAUUUUUGCACAAUUUUGCCAUAAAUUAGGGUGGUAAUGAACUCUUGGAAUCAAUUACCAUAUGUGCAUUAAUUUAAAUUCUGCUUGUCCUUAAGAUGAAAAAAACGUAUCUUUACUGUAAAACCGGAAGUCUCUUACGUGCACACUUGAUAUUCUUUCUAUUCAGAAGAAAUUCAUUCAGUAGAUACAUCUGUUACAGCUAGGAUUAUUCCACUUGCUCUGUAAUUAGAGAAUCCAAUGUGCUAAGUUAUGUUCACGUCAUUUAUACUCAGUAUAAAUGAGGGGAGCCAUAAUUGAUUUUAUUCCUGUGAGACAUGCACUGUUACAGCUUUUUGCCUUAUUGUGCCAAUGAAGGCAUUGUUUUAAGUUACUAAUUUAUAUGAUUUAACUACUUCUUAACAGAAAUAAAAUUUUAUUUUCAUUA